AAGCGGCAAAUUUCUAGCCAACCCGCGGGAAGAUUCUCGCGUGGAGUGGUACCGAUUGCCGAAUUCCCCCAAAGCAAAGAACUUUCGUUACUCUUUCCUUGGAGUUUUCGUCUUCGGCUGGCCCCCUGACUCACUAUCCCCUCUCCUAGCUUCGCCGGAAGAGAUUAUCGCCGGAAUUCAGCACUGGCUUGUCUAAUAUAUAUGGUGCAGAACUGAUAAGCACUCGACUCUAGCCUAGAGGAAUUUAGCUGGAUAUUUAUCUCUGCUGCAUCAAAUGGGAUGGGGGAACAUCUACAGAAGACGUUUGAAAGUGUUUUCUGCAGCUAUGUUAAUUUACUUGGAUUAUAAGGCCAUACAACAAAGACAGAAAUGGGCUAAGCAAUCAAAGCGAGCUGCACUGUGGGAGAAGUGUCACGAGCGGAAUGCGAAACGUGUUCUCAGUCUGAUUAUUGAAUUGGAAGGUUUGUGGGUGAAACUUGGACAGUAUUUAUCUACACGAGCUGAUGUGCUUCCGGAGGCAUAUAUAGCACUUCUCAAGCAGUUACAAGACUCUCUUCCUCCUCGACCCGUACAAGAGGUGUAUCAGACAAUAAAGAAAGAAUUAGGAAAAUCAGUUAAGGACUUAUUCUCAGAGUUUAUUGAAGCGCCUCUGGCAACAGCAUCAAUAGCUCAAGUGCAUCGUGCAACUUUGACUGAUGGGCAAGAAGUAGUUGUCAAAGUUCAACAUGAAGGCAUCAAAGCAGUCAUAUUGGAGGACUUGAAGAAUGCAAAGUCAAUUGUCGAUUGGAUAGCAUGGGCAGAGCCACAAUACGACUUCAAUCCAAUGAUAGAUGAGUGGUGUAAAGAGGCACCAAAGGAACUUGACUUCAAUACCGAGGCUGAGAAUACCAGAAAAGUGUCCAAAAAUCUUGGGUGCAAAAACAAAGAUAACAACGGCGCAUCUUCUCAUCGAGUAGAUGUUUUGAUCCCGGAAGUUAUUCAGUCGACUGAAAAGGUCUUGAUAUUGGAGUAUAUGGAUGGGAUACGUCUGAAUGACUUAGAAGCAUUGGCGAGUUUUGGUGUUGACAAACAAAAGAUUGUUGAGGAAAUAACACGUGCUUAUGCCCAUCAAAUUUACAUUGAUGGAUUUUUUAAUGGCGACCCUCAUCCGGGAAAUUUUUUGGUGAGCAAGGAAGCCCCACAUCGCCCAAUCUUGCUGGACUUUGGGCUUACUAAGUCACUAUCAUUCACCUUGAAGCAGGCUUUAGCAAAAAUGUUUUUGGCAUCUGCAGAGGGGGACCAUGUGGCAUUGUUAUCUGCUUUUGCAGAAAUGGGACUUAAACUGCGGCUGGACAUCCCUGAACAGGCCAUGGAAGUUACAACUGUAUUUUUCCGCACUUCAACACCAGCAAAUGAAGCUGUUCAAACCAUGAAAUCUCUGGCUGACCAAAGGACAAGAAAUUUGAAGGUUAUCCAGGAAAAGAUGAAACUCAAUGAAAAAGAAGUUAAACGCUUUAAUCCAGUUGAUGCAUUUCCUGGGGAUAUUGUGAUAUUUACUCGUGUCCUCAAUCUCCUCAGAGGUCUCUCAUCUUCGAUGAAUGUGCGCAUAAUAUAUCUUGACAUAAUGAGACCAUUCGCGGAGCAUGUUUUGCAAGGAAACUUGUACAAGGCACCUUCAGCGAGUCCUCAGUGGAUCCAUGACACACCAAUCCAUUCUUCCGUGGAGGGCAAGCUCAGACAACUCUUAGUUGAUCUUGGGAAUAAUGAUAAGAUUCUGGGAAUCCAGGUAUGUGCCUACAAAGAUGGGAAAGUCAUUAUUGAUACUUCCGCUGGGGUUCUAGGGAAGUAUGAUCCUCGUCCAGUUCAGCCUGAUAGCCUUUUUCCCGUUUUCUCUGUAACGAAAGGAAUCACGGCAGGAAUGUUGCAUUGGCUGGUUGACAAGGGGAAGCUCAAGCUCGAGGAAAAUGUUGCAAAUAUCUGGCCAGAGUUCGGUUCCAACGGGAAAGAUGUCAUUAAGGUAAAUCAUAUCCUGAACCAUACAUCGGGUUUGCACAAUGCACUGGCUGAUCUUAGAGGUGAGGAUGUAUUCGUGAUGUAUGACUGGGAUGAAUGCUUGAGGCGACUUACUGCUUCAGCCCCAGAGAGUGAACCAGGCCUAUGCCAGUUGUACCACUAUCUAUCUUUUGGCUUUCUUUGUGGCGGAAUUAUCGAGCAUGCUUCGGGGAGGAAAUUUCAAGACAUUCUGGAAGAAGCAUUGAUUCAUCCCCUCAAUAUUGAAGGCGAGCUAUAUAUUGGAAUCCCACCAGGUGUGGAAUCCCGCCUUGCUACUCUUACCGUAGACACAGGCGAUAUCAGCCAAAUAUCUCAGAUCAGUAAACGAAACGACCUUCCCUCUACCUUCCAGCCUGAGAAGAUCCUUGAGAUGGUAACCACUCUGCCUGCUGUGUUCAACAUGCUCAACACUCGCCGUGCAAUCAUACCCGCUGCUAACGGGCACUGCUCAGCGCGUGCGCUGGCACGUUACUAUGCAACUCUAGCCGAUGGUGGAGUGGUCCCACCACUGCAUUCCUCCUCUUCAAAACCUAAACUUGGGUCCCACGUCCACAUCCCAAAGUUCUCUACCAAGGCCUCGAAAAAACAGCAGAAAGCGGGCAAGAACAAGUCUCUGAGAUCGAGCAUGUACGAGCAAAUUCCAGAUAGCCCCGGAGAUGACGCCCAGAGUCACCGAAUAGAUGUUGCUACAGGUAAUAAUAGCAGUAGCAGCAGCAGCAGUUCUGAUGGUGAAGGGAAUGGAAAGAAGAUCUUCCGUAGCGAGAAGGGGAGACUACACGAGGCAUUCAUGGGGGCAGGAGAGUUCGGGAGCCUAGCCCUGGAGAGUGGUGAUUUUGGGCUUGGUUUUAGGAGGAUUAGGUCAAAGGAUGGAUCUCUGAUAGGGUUCGGGCACUCGGGGAUGGGCGGUUCGACGGGUUUCUGUGACAUCGAGAACCGGUUCUCUAUCGCUGUGACCCUGAACAAGAUGUCCAUGGGCGCAGUCACCAGGAACAUCCUCCAGCUUGUGUGUUCGGAGCUGGGCAUUUCUUUGUCCAAUGAGUUAGCAGCAUCUUCCCAGGCAGGACCCAGCGGAGAGUCGAAUUUGCAGAAGCCUUUGAUCAAUUGAGCAAUAGUGUUUUUUUCGCUCGAUUUAAUCAUAGUUUCACACAUUUUAUCACCGUGUCCGAGUAUUGCAAGGUAUCAGAUGAGAUAAGAUGUACCAAUACGAUUUUGGAUAUUGAUACCAGUAUCAUCGACAUUUCAUUAUACUCCAAAUCUUAUACCUGGAUAUUAUCGUUCGA